AUGGCGAAGACUGUUAAAUGUCGAGACGAUUUCAGCGACGCCAUGUUGCUGACUCACACGAAUUGGGAGUUUUGUGGUUCGUCCUGUUACGCAUUCUUGAGGACGCUGCACCAGCAGUUUGAGAGUUAUAAGGAGCAGGUGCGUCGCAUCGGCGUGGAGACGCGGCGCCAGCAGCAGGGCCAGCACAAGGACGACGCCCCCACCUGCGGCAUCUGCCGCAAGACCAAGUUCGCCGAUGGCUGCGGACACCACUGCUCCUACUGCCAGACCAAAUUCUGCGCCCGCUGCGGCGGACGCGUCUCCCUGCGCUCCAACAAUGAGGACAAAGUGGUAAUGUGGGUAUGCAACCUGUGCCGUAAGCAACAGGAGAUCCUCACCAAAUCGGGAGAAUGGUUUUCGGGGCCGGGGGCGAGGCAGAUGAGCCUGGAUGGCGGCCUGAACGCCCCGCCCACGGGGGGUGACACCCAACGGGGGGACAGGAACCUACUCCGCUCCAGGUCCCAGGCCCCGCCCUCUUCCAGCGGUAACGCAGGGGCGGCGCCCGACGGAACGCAUCAGCCGCCAACGGUACCGGCCAAGGGAGCGUUGGACACCAUGCCGGCGUCACGCGCUCGGAGCGAACCACCACGAGACAAGAAAAGACCUGUGUCCCUCCAUGAGCAGAACGGUAAGCCCGGUGGUCCUGGUCGUGGUAGAGGAGGCCGGGGACCCCCAGGGAAGCUUCAGACCGUGGCCUCCCAGGAGGAGUUCUGCGGUCCUGGGGACAUAGACUGGCGGGACGGCCGGCACCUGGAGAAGGUCCGCUCCCAUGACUACCCCGACGGUGGCGACCAAGGAAAUCGCCCCGACCUCCGGAGACGCCCCCCGGAGGAGGAUGAGCUGGAACGCAAGCGGCGCCAGGAGAAGGAGUUCCAGACGCGUUACCGCAGCGACCCCAACCUGGCGCGCUACCCGGUCAAGCCGCAGAAGGAGGAGCAGGAGAUGCGCAUGCACGCCAAGGUGUCGAAGGUGCGCCACGAGCGGCGCCACAGCAACAACGCCAUCAAUGAGGUGGGGCUGGAGGGRGGGGGAGGAGGGGGAGGGAACAUGGGGGAUGUGCCUGAGAAUCGUCUCCGGAGGGGCGGCGGUGGGGGUGGUGGAGAACCGGACCGCAAGGCAUCCUUGGAGAACCACCGCGCCUACUCCAUGGACAGGACCGUGGGGGGUGGUGGGGGUGGCGGAAUGGGGCAGGGACCCCAGGGAGGUCCCCCUCCCCUCAAACAGAACCAGAACCACGGACCCCUUCAACCAUCCGGUGGUGGCCCACGAACGGGCCCCCAUCCUGGUGCUCCUCACCCCCACCAAGGACCCCCUCCUCCAGCAGGCUGGGACCCCCCUAAGGGACCCCACCCCAGCCAGCUGGACCCCAAUUCCCAGGCAGCCAUGAUGCACAAGGCUAGGAGGGAGAAGUCCGGGGACAGCCUGCUGCGGAAGGACUCCCAGAGCUCGGACCAGUCGGAGUCGCUGCGGCCGCCCCCACCCAGGCCCUACAAGAGCAAACGGGGCGUCAACAAGAGGCAGAUGUCUAUCAGCAGCUCAGAGGAGGAGGGCGCCUCCACGCCCGAGUACACCAGCUGUGAGGACGUGGACAUGGAGAGCGUCAGUGAGAAAGGUGAUUGGGACUGCCAUCCUCUGGAUCCUGCUGUGUGGCAUCAUCCAGUGACAUGGCAGCCGUCCAAGGAGGGCGACCACUUAAUCGGACGCAUCACUCUGAGCAAAAGGUCGGCCAUGCCCCGCGAGGCAGGCUCCUUACUAGGGUUAAAGGUCGUGGGUGGGAAGAUGACAGAGACAGGGAGACUGGGGGCCUUCAUCACCAAAGUCAAGAAAGGAAGUCUGGCGGACAUUGUUGGCCACCUACGAGCUGGUGAUGAGGUACUGCAGUGGAACGGGAAGUCGUUGCCGGGAGCAACCAAGAAGGAAGUGUACAACAUCAUUCUGGAAUCCAAGGCGGAGCCUCAAGUGGAAAUAGUUGUCUCAAGGCCUAUUGGAGACAUACCAAGAAUUCCAGAAACAUCACAUCCUCCUUUAGAAUCGACGGGCUCCAGUUCCUUUGAGUCUCAGAAGAUGGAGCGUCCCUCCAUAUCGGUCAUGUCCCCCACCAGCCCUGCUACCCUCAGAGCCCUCCCCGUCAUCCUGCCUGGACAGCUCUCUAUCCUGAUAGAGCUGGAGACUGCCCUGCUGGACGACGUUCCUCACUGGUAUAAACUCCAGACCCACGACGUGUCCUCUCUACCUCUGCCCCAGCCAUCCCCUUACCUCCCGCGCAGACACGCCUCUCACGACAGCCCCAGCAAGAAACUACAGA